CACGGCGCCAGGGAGAACGAGAGAGAAUCCUAGCUGCCCCGUGGCGGAAAAGAGUAACUGUCAAAGGCAGCUUCUUUAACAAGAGAGCUAUCACUUCGGCUCCGAGAGUUAUGGCGACCGCAGCGUCCAACCACUACAGCGUCCUGACUACCCCCAGCAGCGCGCCGCCGCCGCACUCGGAGUCCGGGAGCAUGCAGCAGGCAGCGGCGUACAGGGACGCGCACACCCUGCUCCAGAACGACUACACGCUACCCGGCAGCGGUCAUCCCCUCAGCCACGCGCACCAGUGGAUAACGGCUCUUUCGCACGGGGACGGGGCUCCGUGGCCGUCGAGUCCCCUCGGAGAGCAGGACGUGAAGCCAAUUCUACAGAGCGACCGGGAGGAGCAGCAGAAUUCCGCUAGUCUACAGCAACAGCAGCAGCAGCGACAUCCUCACCUAGCGCACCAGGCGCAUCACGACGCCAGGGCAUGGCGAACGAGCACGGCCACCACGCACAUCCCCGGUAUGGCGACGUCUGACGGCCAGAGCCUGGUGUAUUCCCAGUCUGGGUUCGGCCUGGGGGGAGCAGAGCAGAUGCACCACCACUCCUUGCGGGACGAAGACCACCACAGCCACAGCCCGCACCUGAGCGAGCAUGGGGGUGGGGGCCAGUCGUCUCUCUCGCACCACCAGCACGGGGGACACCCCGACCACUCGGACGAGGACACGCCAACUUCAGACGACCUGGAGCAGUUUGCCAAGCAGUUCAAGCAGCGGCGCAUCAAACUGGGCUUUACCCAAGCUGACGUGGGGCUAGCGCUCGGCACCCUGUAUGGAAAUGUAUUUUCCCAGACCACUAUCUGCAGGUUCGAGGCGCUUCAACUAAGCUUCAAAAACAUGUGUAAACUCAAACCACUGCUUAACAAGUGGCUGGAGGAGGCGGAUUCCACCUCCGGGAGCCCCACCAGCCUAGAUAAGAUCGCGGCGCAGGGGAGGAAGAGGAAAAAGAGAACCUCCAUCGAGGUGGGCGUCAAGGGGGCUUUGGAGAGCCAUUUUCUCAAAAGUCCCAAACCCGGCGGCGCAGAGAUCACCUCCAUAGCGGACAGCCUGCAGCUGGAGAAAGAAGUUGUGAGGGUUUGGUUUUGUAACAGACGGCAGAAAGAGAAGAGGAUGACGCCCAUUGGAGGACAGCUACCUGGAACCGAGGACAUGUAUGGGGACACACCACCUCACCACGGCGCUCAAACCCCUGUACAAUGAUCUGAAACCCGUUAUAGUAAACACACGGAUCCCUAAAGGAUAUGAAUGACCUUUAUGUUUCUCUGCCGGGACAGUUAGCAUUGGACUGUCGCCAGUGCUAAUUUUGGACCUAUGGAACACAGUGGGAAUACCGAGUGUUGGAACUAAAGCACUACACCCCGGACACAGCGAGAGCUAUGUGGAGUUUUCAUGCAGUGGAGAUGCUACGCGCAAUAACGGCUACAUGGAGCGUGUUUGGUGUGUGUGCUAACCAAAAAAAAGGUUAAAUAUCAUUGACAUCAAAUCAAUGUUAUGGUCAAGACGUGUAAAAAAAAGAAAGACAGUAUAGGCUGUGUGCACGAGCCUACCCGCGGGAAACAGGCAUACAAGUUGCAGCCGACAGUCGGUAAAUAAACGCCAUUUUCAGUCAUAACAAAAGCAACAGGGGUUUAACACGGUCGAAGCUCAAUACACCUGCUGAACCAUUUAAUACUAGCCAGUGCCAGCACCAGCGUAUUAUUAUUUAACCUAUUUGUAUUGUUAUUAUCAAUGUAUAAUUAUUAUUAUGUUUCUACCACAAAGGCAAAGCAUAUACCAUGGUUAUACUGUGUAUUUCCAGAGUCAUAAGGCAUGCAUACAUGGGAAAAGGGACAAGGGAUAUAUUGAGAUGUAUUUUGAGAUGUAUUUAAUCAAUAAAUCAAUAUGAUCAAUAUUUAAUCAAGUUAAUUUUAAUCAAACAUUUGUCAUAAUUAGUUUCAGUUUGACUAACUAGCCUAUAUUUGAAUUGCAGUUGGUUAAUGACCAUCAAAAUAGUAAACACAGUAGAUAAUACACUGUCAACAACAUAUUUACCAAGGGACAAUAUCUCAGUUAUAUAUGUGGUCAGAUUGUAUCCAAAUAAUCUAAACCUAUUUUCUUCAGAAAAAUUCAACUGUCAUAUAAUAGGCCUAAAUAAUAAUCAUAAUAACAAUACCAAUAAUAAUACAGUAAUAAUAAUUGUGGCUUGUGUAUGCCUUGGCAAGGCACACACCACGGGGUCAAAAUAACCAUGAAAAUUAAUUCAUUGUAUUUUCCCUUGACACUUCGUGACGUGUCCAUCAUCGUGUACAUUUGACCGUUCUGCGCGACUUUUUACAGUAGGCUAUGUGUUGUAUUAGUACAUUUAUUUAUGUGUUUCCAAAAUGCUGUGACCAGAAAGACCGAGACUGUAAAGACCCAUACCAUAUCACUGAAGCCUGCCAUUUGCCUUCGUUUCGUAAGAAGAAAAUAACGGAAUAUAUAUGUACCAGCUCUUGUCUUCAGUGGCUCUAAUUAAUCUAUACAAUGAUUAAUUCACUAAGAAGAAUUAUUCGUGGGAUGUAACUUUAUUUGUUUUUGUAUGGCUUUGUAUGUUUGUUUGUUUGUUGAAUUUCCUCUUGUAGACCAGUGCCAAAGCACAAACACGUGCACUUGCUCUUGUGCCACUCAACUUGUGAUAUGUAGGCUAUCUGACAGCAUGCAGGGUCGGGGUCAACUUUGGCAAUUCCUGGACUAAAUUCAAAACCAAUGACAAUAGUCCAAAUGUGUAAAGCUAUUUCUAGAACUUGGAUUUGAAUUUGAAUGGUGUCAGGAGGAGGCUGAUUCGGGAUUUGAAAUUGAAAGACAGAAAAUUGAAUUAAAUUCAUGGGAAAUUCUCCACAUAGGCUACUGACAAAAAAUGGAUUACAUUGGUAGAGCAAAUCUAUACCCCCCCCCACACACACACACACACCAGUCAAACUAGUCUAAUAUUUCACUGACAAUUACAUAAUAAAAUGUAACAUAGGCUUAUUUUAUGACACAAGUAGGCCUUGAAUUAGUGAAACGGCUCCCUAGGAAAAUACAAAUUGAGUAGGCCCACACAGUCAAUACAAAGAAUUGGUGGAAUUUAAUUCAAUUGUAUUUCCUGUCAUUCACAUUCAAAUGUAAAUAUAUUUUCUUGACAAUUCAAAUUCAAACUCAAAAUGUUGGAUUGGAUGUGAGUUCAUACGUAUUCUGAAUUGACCCCGAUCCUGUGACUGAUCAACAGAAGGGGAAAAUAAAAUAAAAAUUGCACAAUUUCUAUAUUAUGCUUUUUGUCAUUAAAAUGUAUUUGUUUUUUAUAAUUCUUUUGUAUUCUGUUCAUAUUAUUUGAGCCUGACGAAUGGAUCACGGCUGUCACGCACAACGCUGUCGCAACAGGCUUGAGCGCACGAACCUGCGUUAUAAUUAUGGAUUUUAUCAAUCUGUCUUGGUUGCUUGCACACAAUGUCCUUCAGCGGUUUCCGAUAACUGUAUAUUACCGCUGAUUUGCACAGAUAUUGUCUUGGGAAAAGAAAUCGUGUCGUUACAGAAGUAGCCUGUUAAUAACAGUUACACAAAAAAAUUAUAUUGUUCUUACUUCGACGUUAUUUCUGUGUCCACUAUUGGAGUCACCGUUUUCUACAUGUUGCAAAGGUGUAGGCCUACAAAAUAAAACAAUUGCGACAGUUAUAAAAACAAUUUGCUUUUAGACGUCUUUAUGGAGAACAUAUGAUUACAAUGUUUCUAAAAAGACCCACAUUUCUUACCUGAAAUGCAAUAAAAUCGCAGAAAAACGAUAUGCUAUUACAGGUUAUUAUGUGUAGACAAACGCACCAAACUUUGUGACCAGGACUCAACACACGGUCAGAUAGCGUACCCUAAACUAGCAGUCAUGUUUGAACAUAUAGGCCCAGUACUAAUAAUUUCUCAAAUUGUCAAUAAAAAAAAAUCAACAUUCUCGACCACCAAUACAUGAAUGCGCUAUUGAAUAAAUAUUUAAACUGGUAAAUUAUCACUUUUGGUACCUUUCACUUUCAAAAUGCCAAUGACAUCUUUUUUGGAAAAGGAGAAAGACAUUAUAAGUGGCUAUAGACAGGCUUACCGGG